AUGGCCAACACCGCGACACCACCCUCCAACAAUGACUCGCCCACGAGCAAGCCAUUGCCCUCGAGAAAGAGAGCCAGCGAUGCCACACCCGACGACAAGCCUAAGAGGACUCGUACCGGCUGCCUGACAUGCAGAGAGCGCCAUCUCAAGUGCGAUGAGACCAAACCGACCUGCAACAACUGCCUCAAGUCACAGCGCGAGUGCAAUUGGGGCAAGAAGCUCAACUUCCUCGACACCACCUGCGAGCGGAAUGCAUACCUGAUCCCCCAAGGCAUCGAUUAUCAGAUCGCUUUCAUGGACGAGUCACGGACUAUUGCUUCGGAAUACGUGGGCGGGCGAGAAAUGUAUCCAGUAGAGGACAUGGACGCACAUGUUCAUAUGGGCAGCAACGGCUUUGGCAUGGGACCGCCAGCUUCGUCGCGCCAGCACAUUCCUCCCAUCCAGGGCAUCGCACAGGAGUCGUACCAGCAAGCGCAACUCACCUACAACUUCGACCAACAGCGGACCCAGCACCAACACGGGCGUUCAAUAUCGAGUUUCUCAAACGGCCCAACACCGUCCCCAUACACGAUGGAGCAUUCGGCCAGUCCCGGACCUCUCCCCACGCGCGACUACCUGAAGAGCCAAGAAGAGGUCUUAUACAUGCAGGUUUUUGUCGAGGAAAUUGGCAUUUGGAUGGACAGCAUGGACGCACACAAGCACUUCUCACGUCUACUACCCUUCCAUGCGCUCAACGAACCUAUGCUCUUACACGCCUUCCUCGCAUGCGGUGCACGACAUCUCGCCCUUGUUAAUCCCAAGUACAGCGAGGAGAAAGCACUCCACUAUUACGACGUAGCCACACGAGACCUUCUGCACUCUCUGCAGGAUCCCGACCGCGAUACCAUUCUAUGUGCCACCACGGCGGUAAUCCUCAACGUUUACGAAAUCAUGGGAGAACGUGCGCUACAACGGAUGAACCAUAUCGCGGGAGCUCGUGCUCUGAUCAAAGAGUGCCGCUGGAAUGCUAGGUCAACAGGCAUCGGAGCCGCCUGUUUCUGGCUGAACGUCGGCAUGGAGAUCUUGAGCUGUCUGCACUUCAACUGGCAGGUCGCUUGGGACCCCGACGAAUGGGGCAUCGAGAUGGACUUUACACCAGAGACUGAGUCAGGCAAGGAAGAAGUCUGGACCCAUCGUAUCCUCUAUGUCGUUGCAAGGAUAUGCAACUUCCGUGCAUCGAUACCGCGCAACCAGGAAGUCGCCAGGCAGACCUUGCAGGAACGGCACAACGAGUGGCUUCGGCUCAAAGACAUGACUGACAGGUGGAACGAGAACAUACCACGCACCAUGCACCCAAUGGCGUAUCUGUACCCCGGACAAACAAUAUCCGGUUCAGCGUUCCCCGAAGUCUGGCUAAUCAAGAGAGCAUCGAUAAUAGCGCGGCUCUUCUACCAUACAUCCCUUGUCUUGCUCGCGCAGAUCAACCCGCUGCAAGGCCCUAGCGAACCCGACAUGUGGGCCAUGCUCGAGCAAAAUUCCAAGUUCAUCUGCGGUAUCAGUGCACAUGUCAAAGACCGCGGGGUUGCCAGCGUAGCGCUACGUUCCCUCGCCAUCGCAGCUGAACCGCUCACAGACCGACGCGAGCAGGAAGAGGUCCUCCAGAUAUUCGACAAGAUCAGGCAAGAGACGGGUUGGCGUGUAGGCUUCGUCAAUACAGAGCUGAAGCAGAAGUGGGGCUGGGAUACGCCGCAAACCCAGGACCAGAAGCCACAGCAACAACCUCCACCUCUGCCACCCCCACAACAGCAGCAGCAGAUGAAUGGCCACAUGCAGGAAGGCAGUGUUGUGUACCAGCAACAGCCUCAGGUCGUCGUUCAGCAGCAGAUGCCGCAAGUCUCGGUUGCACCUGCCCCAGUACAGCGGCGGCCGACGGGCUUUGGUAACCCUCUGCUCGUAGCAGACUUCAGCAUGCCACAACAUCCUUACCAGACGCACUACGUGCCUGCAAACAUUGUUCAGCAGCAGCAACCGCACACAUUACUUCAGCCCCCACUUACCGCAAUGAACGGGUACGGCGGACAGCAUUUCUUCUAA